AUGGCUACCCCUACAGUAAGCAAAACUAGAAGCGUGCUUGAGGGUUUGGUAAGAGAAGGAUCAUUUAAAUGGCUACUUGGAAAGAGAAGUUCUUUUAAUGAAGAAUUCGAGGAGAUGGACAGAUCUCCGUCAGCUGGCAGAAAUUGGAUAGCUGAGCUCUCUCCACUUGCUAAUGUGGUUGUUCGUAGAUGCUCAAAAAUCCUUGGCGUUUCUGCAAUUGAGCUUCAAGAAAGCUUUAAUGCAGAGGCUUGUGAUUCCUUAAAGCAUCCUUCCCGUUAUGCGAGGAACUUUUUGGAAUACUGUUGCUUCAGAGCACUGGCUUUAUCUACUCAAGUAACAGGUCAUCUAGCUGAUAAAAAGUUCCGUCGGUUAACAUAUGACAUGAUGCUAGCUUGGGAGACUCCAGCAGCUGCUAGCCAACCAUUGAUCAAUAUAGAUGAGGACUUAACAGUUGGUCUAGAGGCCUUCUCUCGAAUAGCUCCAGCAGUUCCAAUCAUUGCCAAUGUGGUUAUCAGUGAAAAUCUUUUUGAGGUGCUUACUUUGGCAACUGAUGGCCGGCUUCAAUUCUCCAUCUAUGACAAGUACCUAAGUGGACUAGAAAGGGCAAUAAAAAAGAUGAAGACCCAAUCAGAUUCAUCACUCCUUUCUACAGUACGAUUGUCAAGAAGGGAGAAGAUUCUAGAGUUAGAUGGAACAGUGACAACCCAACCAGUUCUUGAACAUGUUGGAAUAUCUACAUGGCCAGGUCGGCUAACUCUCACUGAUCAUGCACUGUACUUUGAAGCUCUCCGUGUUGUAUCCUAUGACAAGCCGAAAAUAUAUGAUUUGUCGGAUGACCUAAAACAGAUUGUUAAAUCUGAGUUGACUGGGCCAUGGGGUACCCGUCUUUUUGACAAGGCAGUCUUGUAUAAAUCUAUUUCCUUAUCAGAGCCAGCCGUCAUAGAGUUUCCUGAGCUUAAAGGACAUACUCGCCGUGAUUACUGGUUAGCAAUUAUCCGAGAAGUUCUAUAUGUUCACAGAUUUAUAAAAAAGUUCAAGAUCUCUGGAGUUGAAAGGGAUGAAGCCCUUUCAAAGGCUGUACUUGGAAUUCUACGACUUCAAGCAAUUCAAGAAAUUAGUUCUGUAAAUUCUCUUCGCUGUGAAACUCUUCUCAUGUUUAAUCUUUGUGAUCAACUUCCUGGUGGAGAUUUGAUACUGGAAACCCUCGCAAACAUGUCCUCCUUAAGGGAGUUAGAUCGGACCAACAGUUAUAAUGCUGGAGGUGGGAUGUAUUCAAUCUCUUCCUUGGCCAUGGUUUCCAAUUUAGGUUUUGUGCUAGGAACAAGUUCAAGUGAUCUGAAUGAGGCUGGGCUUGUUGUUGGUGAGGUAGCUGUGGGAGAGAUGAGUUCACUGGAGAAGGUGAUUAAGGAAUCUCGAAACAGCUACAAAAAAGUGGUACUAGCUCAAGAAACAGUUGACGAAGUUAAAGUAGAUGGCAUUGAUACCAAUUUGGCGGUAAUGAAGGAGUUACUUCUCCCUGUUAUGGAAGUUGGGAAGUGGCUUGUUUCCUUGAUACAUUGGGAUGACCCUAUGAAGUCUUUGGUGUUUUGUUUGGUUCUCACUUUUGUCAUUUCAAGGGGAUGGCUGGGCUAUGCCUUUGCAUUGAUGACCAUCUUUCUUGCUAUCUUUAUGGUGCUUACACGAUUUUGUAACCAAGGCCAGUCUCCUGAUGAACUCAAGGUAAUAGCACCUCCACCAAUGAACACAGUGGAGCAGUUUUUAGCUGUUCAGAAUGCUAUUUCUCAAGCUGAACAGGCCAUCCAGGAUGGAAACAUCAUCCUCCUCAAGUUCCGUGCCUUGCUGUUGUCUAUUUUCCCACAGGCAAGCGAAAAAUUUGCGCUCAAUAUUCACCUCCAAGGAAAGCAAGCACAGAAAGAUGGACAAGGAGAUUCAGAGAGUGGUGGUUCAGCAUACCGGCAGCUCCUGUAG